AUGAUAGUGUCGGCGCCCUAUCGUAAGCUAAUGGUGCCGGUGAUGAUGCGUCGGCUCCGAGUGGAUCCCAAGGUUUUGUUCAAUAAGAUCAAACAAAGUCAAGUUGCCAGUGACCAGGGUAACAAUGAUCAAAUGGACAAAAGUAGCGAUUCAUCGCAAACGGAUAUGUCUAUCGAUACAUAUAAGGGAAAUACAUCCGACCUUUUGAUAACAUACGGGUUGGAGAUGGAGGGUAUGUCCGCCUAUCCUAUCCCUCGCAAUAUUGAUAAUACAGAUCUAGUGCUCGACUCGUAUGCCUUUCAUGCAAAUGAAGAUUAUGUAGCCAUUGAUGAGUGCCAUAAGAGUUCUGUGGCUAAAUAUCUGGAGUUUAUAUUUUGCAUAUGCGAGUGGACCGGAAAUUUCGUAACAUUUUUGGACGGGUUGUUACAGUCGAUGAUAGUGUCGGCGCCCUAUCGUAAGCUAAUGGUGCCGGUGAUGAUGCGUCGACUCCGAGUGGAUCCCAAGGUUUUGUUCAAUAAGGUUAAACAAAGACAAGUUGCCAGUGACCAGGGUAACAAUGAUCAAAUGGACAAAAGUAGCGAUUCAUCGCAAACGGAUAUGUCUAUCGAUACAUUUAAGGGAAAUACAGUCAGAAAUAUUGAGAGAUUUGCCUUAAAGUCGGCUAAAAUUGCCUUUCAUUUUAACGAGAAGUCCAACCUUUUGAUAACAUACGGGUUGGAGAUGGAGGGUAUGUCCGCCUACCCUAUCCCUCGCAAUAUUGAUAAUACAGAUCUAGUGCUCGACUCGUAUGCCUUUCAUGCAAAUGAAGAUUAUGUAGCCAUUGAUGAGUGCCAUAAGAGUUCUGUGGCUAAAUAUCUGGAGGUUUGCAAAUACAUGGCUUUGAAAGUGCACCAGAUGGGUUUCAAGCAAAUGAAAUGCGAUUUCAAUUACCAGUCCAUCAGCGAGGAUGUGAUACAAGAGUACAGAAAUGAAAACAAUGAAAACCAUGUGUUGUUUCGAGUGUUGGAUAAAAUACUGUCAGAAAUUACUGAUGAAAACCGGAAUCUGAAGAACAGUACUCUUAUUAAUAACGUGUUGAAUGAGAUUCGCACGAAUCCGGAGUACGACUGGACUCGAGAUGUCGUGAAUCAGGUCUCGGGUAACGAGCGAUUGAUACGAACUCUUGUGGACAUUGUCUGCGAAAACCUUUUGUCGGUCUUUGAGGUCAAAGUAUCGGAAAUUAAUUUGAGUAGAGCUCUGAUGGCUACAGAUGUGGAUCAGUAUAUCAAGCAUUUCAGAGCCACAACCAGUGACAUCGAUUACGAUUUAAUUGUUAAAUCAAAACAAGAUUUACCUGAAAAGUGUAAAAUGUAUAAUUCAAUGGAAUGGGAUCUAAAACAAGAGAUACCAUUAAAACCUUCACAUUUGGUUAUAGUGAGAGAUACGCAAGAUUUAUGGGCUUUAGAUUUGGAUCAAUUCAUACAAGACUUGUAUGACUUAAUCAAAUCUAAUGGAUUCCUAUUAACGGUAUUCCGGUAUAAGUUCACUGAACCGGAACUGGCGUUGAAUUCAUUGAAUGGAAAUAAAGUCCUAAAUAAUUGUGAUUUAGAGACUCGGAUCACAAUUUCCAACGAGUAUUUCCUAAACUUGGGUCAAACCCGAGACAUAUCAGCACUUCAGUGGUAUGACUCGAAAUGUGUGGCCCCAUCUCAGCUAGCAUAUAGUUUCCUGGGUAAUCCUGCAAAUAAAGUCAAAAUCAACAUUUACAGCUCCGGUAUUAUAUUCCAUGACGUUCUGGUUGCAACAGGCCGUAUACCUAUGGGACAGGAGGCUUUCGUAACUGACUGUGCGAUUGGCACCGAAUAUGCCGGUCGUCGUGCGGAUACGGGUCAGAGGGUUAUGGGUAUGGAAUUGGGCCGAUGUUAUGCUACUUCUGUAUACUCGGCCACUGAUGUUUUCACUCACAUCCCUGACCACUGGUCUAUGGACGACGCCGUCUCCAUACUCAGCACUUAUAGUACUGUGUUUUAUGGAUUGAUUCAAAUGGGGAAAUUGAAACAAGGGGAGAGUAUAUUAAUUCACUCGGCGGCGGGUGGUGUGGGUCAGGCAGCCCUCAAUAUAUGCAAACACUAUAAGUGCGAUAUCUAUGUGACGGUCGGAACCGAUGAGAAAAAGGAGUUUUUGAUCAAAGAAUACAACAUUCCUUCGAACAGAAUAUUCAACUCAAGGGAUACUCUCUUCAGGAAUCAAAUUAUGAAACUCACGAACGCAAAGGGAGUGAACGUUGUAUUGAAUUCAUUGACUGGCGAUAAACUGAUGGCCAGUUACGAGUGUGUGGCCAAUCACGGCAGGUUUGUGGAGAUGGGACGGUAUGAUAUGGUUCAGGCGACCAAACUGUCAAUGUUUGACUUCGCCCGCAAUAUUGACUUCAUAAGUGUUGUGUUGGAUCUGUUUAUUCCGGAUGAAGCAAAUACGGCGUUC